CACAGUCUUGGUUUCACCAAUAUUUGUACAAUGGAGGAUAUAAAGGAACAUUUCCCACUCCUGGAUAUGGUGGACCAUGCCAAUAGGGUCAAAGUGGCCACAAAUGGUUACAAAGAAAAAGAGUUCCCCAGAGUUGAAGCCAUUGUCACAUUUGGAGAGCCUAACAGAUGGGAGACUAACCUCCAGCUCCUAAUUGACCUCUUACUGACCAAUGGCUACCCAAAGAUUGCCCCAGAGGGGUUCCCUGACCACCACCUGCCUAUCUUAGCAUGUAACAUGGACUUGGUGUUCAUGGCAGAGGCAUGUAUGCCCAGGUUUGGCAAUGGUUCUUUCCUUAUCUGCCUGGAAAGCUUAUACAAGAAGAUCACAGGUCGAGAUCUCAAGUACAGCGCUCUGGUGGGGAAACCCAGUGAGAUCACAUUCCGUUACGCAGAGCACUGUCUCACCAACCAGGCACGCAGAAUGGGAAUUACAAAACCAAUUAAAAAGCUUUAUUUCUUUGGUGACAACCCAGAGGUUGACAUAGUUGGCGCUAAUCUCUAUGACAGGUACAUAAAAAGUCUCAGAGACAACGGAAACUCCGAGACAUGCACAACCAUACCUAUCAACUCCCGCAAGAUCCCAGAGGAGGCGGAAUUCCAUGACCAAUCAGUUGAGAGCAUUGACGCCAUCUUGGUUGAGACAGGGGUAUACAACCCCGCCACUACGAACCUUGAGGAAAACAGCAUUUACCAUCAUGGACACCGGGACUUUGAGAAAGAUACAAAACUUAAGAUGCCAUCUAAAUUUGCCAGAGACGUUUAUGAUGGCGUUGUUUAUGCCUUACAAAAGGAAGGAUUUAAAUGCCAAGUGACUGGUUAAAAUCAUUUACAAAGUAUUUGUAAAAUGACUCCAUGUGCUUGUGAUGCAUGUAAUAUGCCACCUUUGGCCUUGCUGCCAAAAUAUUGAGAUUGGGUAUUUUAUUAUUUAUUCCAGAAAAGUGCACUUACUAUAAAACUACUAAAACUGGCCAUGGGCAAAGUGUAUAAAUAACUGAAUACAAGUCAGUAAGUCCUGUUAGUUCUGUGAGAGUACUUAGAAAUUGCAUUGUGAGACAAUGAUGUAUCACGUGUGGAACAUGUAAGGUAUUUAGAUUUUGUGUACGUUACAUUUAUCCCAUGGUACCUUGACUGGAGAUGUAUGUAAAAGAUAGAAACCUAG